AUGAACAGCGCUGUAGAAGCGCUUUACAUAUUCGAUGAGCUGAACACUCCUAUCCUUGAGCACGUCUACCGCGGCCGACCUCCCGCCGCAACUGUGCUCCUCACUCUCUUCCGCGCCCACCCCACCCCGCGCCCUUCACUCCUAUAUCUCUCCAAUGCCUCCCCCCCAAUAUCCGUUUUCUCAGUAACACAUUCAAACCUCCUGUUCCUAGUCCCUUCAAAUUCGGAGAGCGAACCCCUCAUCGUCCUCGAAUUUCUCCAUCGCCUCAUCGAUGUGUUGGAGGAAUUCGUCGGCGCCCCGCUUCUAGCGGGGAAGAUACAAAGUAAUUAUGACGUUGUCGCGCAACUAUUAAAUGAAAUGUGUGAUGGGGGGAUUAUCUGCAAUACGGAGCCGAAUGCCCUGCAGGAAAUUGUUGAGAUCCCGGGUUGGAUGGAUAAGCUCCUUGUUGGGGUCGGCUUGCCAGGUGCUUCACCAAUCCUUGGUCCUUCGAAUUCGCUGAAAUCCUCAUUGACCACUCCGUCACAUGUAAAUGGAGCGUCAGCACCGGCCAUCCCCUGGCGACGGCGGGGAGUCCGGCAUACAUCCAACGAGCUAUACGUUGAUAUAGUUGAAUCUUUAUCUGUUACAAUGGCUCCUUCAGGAAGGCCGAUUUCAGCCCUGGUGCAUGGGACUAUCGUCUUCACUGCGAAAGUGUCGGGCGUGCCCGACUUAUUACUCUCCCUUGCUGCCCCCGGAGGCCAGAAGAACCUAGCCCACAAAUUCCAACUCCCCGUAUUCCAUCCAUGCGUCCGCCUUGCGCGAUGGAGAGAAAACCCUGGAGAGCUCAGCUUCAUCCCUCCCGACGGUCGUUUUGUUCUGGCAGGCUAUGAAGUCGACCUGCAGCCCGUCGAGCCUGACGCGGAUAAGCCACCCAACCACAUGGAAAAGUUAUUCCUGCCUGCCACUGUUGAUCUGCAAAGAUCGCUGGGGCCGACCGGUGCUGAAUUCGAAGUCCGGCUUACCUUAAACACCAAUUUCCCUGGCCUGCCACCCAGAAGUGGAUUACCCGGCCGCGGUUCAGGGACAUCUACCCCGUCAUUCCUCGGAGCUGGCUCCAGUUCCAGCUCCAAUGCCCCGACCAUAGAAGAAGUAGUAGUCACAGUCCCCAUCUCUUCCUCCGUACGAAACCUCUCAGAUCUCCGCGCCAGCCGCGGCGAAGCAAAUUUCACGCCAGGGAGCUCCAUGCUCAAAUGGCGCGUCCCGACAACUAGCAAAGAUGCAGGUAGUGUUUCCGGCACCGCAAUACUACGCUGCACAAUCAUCGGUCCCCUCUCCUCGCUCGCCGACGAAGAGGACGAUAACGGACACGAGUCCCCAACCACCACGCGCAAUCAAUACCGCGCGAAUCCUCUAAUUGGCUACUACGACGACACCCUUACCCAUCAGCCCGAAAGCAGCAGCUACCAGCAGCUGGAACAACCCCGCACCACCUCUAUGUCUAUGGCAUCAUCCGGUCUGCAGGGCUCGACGAACACAGCGACGAUACCGCUCGAACGUGCUCGCAAGUCUCAGAUGGCGUCUUUGAUGCCAUCUUCUGUUUCUGUGUCGUUUACGGUGCGCGGAUGGCUGCCGAGCGGGAUACGGGUCGACGGGUUGAUGGUCGACACGCGUAGGAGUCGGGGGCUGGGUGAAGGGGUUAAGCCGUAUAAGGGGGUUAAGUAUUUAUGUGUUAGUCGGCAGGGAGUGGAGAAGAGGUGUUGA